GCAUGCGAUCGGACCAUUGAUUCUCUUGACCCUCAUGCCUUUCGACCACCUUGACCAGACUAUCCAUUGAUCGUGCUAGGGAUAUGGCGGCAGCUUCGAGGACAGCCAUGCUUCGACAAGCACAGCUCCUAUCGACGUCCAAGCGACUGUUCUCGAGCACUACCCAACCACUUCGACCCUUCCGGCCAGCUCCUCUGAUCCCUUCUGCGAGACAAUUCCUUUCUCCGCGACUGUCACUUGCUUCUCAGAUUGCGCCCUUCUCCUCAACUGCGCAAAGGAAGAUCUUACCGCCAGGUCCGCAGGUCAUCCAAGGAGGAGUCAACGACGCUGCCCCCGUCCCGAAGCCAGAUCCCCUCCAUGGAAGCUAUCACUGGACAUUUGAGCGAAUGCUAUCGGUGGCAUUGGUCCCCUUGACCAUUACACCCUUCGCUGCCGGCUCUGUCAGUCCGAUGCUGGAUGCGGCAUUGAUCUUUGGCAUUUUGAUCCACUCACACGCGGGCUUCCAGUCAAUCAUCAUCGAUUACAUACCCAUCCACCGUCAUCCGACUAUGCGGCGAUCCUUCAUGUGGCUACUGAACCUAGCUACCCUUGUUGUGGCUGUGGGUUUCUACGAGUUCGAAACCAACGACGUUGGUGUGGUUGAAGCAAUGAAAAGAAUAUGGCAUGCGGGUGCGAAUGACGCCACGAUUGGCAAGGCGGACACGUCGAGCUUGGGUCAUGAUGGGAAGCUCAAGAACCUGAAAUAAGCAGCGGUACAAGUGUUGGGGAGAAUGGACCAGAAACCUCCAUGUACAUGAUGCAUUCUAACAACAUGGGUUCUACAAACGAUACAAUGUCUACCGAGCAGCCUGUCCUUGGUAGAGCCUUCUAUGUACUGACGAUGACUCAAGCAACCGUUCGCCGAGCGCCCCUGACACCGAUUUUGUCCUCGUUCAGAGACUGACUUCUCGUCAUUCAUCCUCGAGCAGAUCCUCGCCCUCUCCCUCUAAAAUAUCAUCAUCCUCCGCCUUCUGCA